UGACAUUCUUGUAAACAGACCUUAGCCACGAAACAAAGUCAGACGAAAUGUCUGAAAGGCUUUCCUCAAAAUCUUCUUAUUUUUUUGAGUUGUAGAUCGCGCCUGCCAAUAUAUAAUAUAUCAAAAUAUACAAAGAAGACAUAACCAGGUUUCUUUCGGAGCUCAACUUCUUGAAAUGAAGGAAUAUGACAGCAUACCGCCACCUUCACAAAGCGAACCGCAGCGACCCACGACUACAGCUCAAAGACUUCGAACAACAGAGCAAAACCAGAGACCAUUAGAGUCUAGAGGUUCAACAGCCGUGCUUGACGAAAGAGCCAGCUACCAUGGCAGACACGGCGCUGUAAGAUCCGCACGACUUACAUCUCUCUCUGCCUUGUAUCAACCCGCCUUCAAGCCUUAUUCCUUCUCCCACAUGUAUGACACAAAGUAUAAUAAUGACUUUCAAGGCCGCUACAGACCGCCACCUUCGCCAACAAGGCCAGAGUCGACCAAUUACGCUCCUAUUGAUUAUCGAUUUAACGAUACAACGUACAAGCAACACUUCCAGUCACAGAAACCGCUGACCCUUCCCUUUGUGGUCCCAUACUCGCGUCAUAGGAAGAACAACCCUCAUCCGCAGAUGAGAAACACGUACAAUUACCCCGAUACGUCCCGAUGGAUUUGGUCAGCGCCGAACCAGCCUCAGCAACAACAAGGUGCUCCGUCAGGCCGUAAUCCAUACCGCUACCAUCGAUGGUGCUCAAGAUAACACUCGGAGAGCCUUCGGCAAGGAUUCGGAGCUCGUAACAAUUAUCCGUGGAGGCUUCGGAGUUAUGGAGGCAUUAUCAGAUUCAGCAGUUUGUAAAGAACUACAUGCCGCACUGUUCACGCGAUGAGAUCACGUUUCACGCAGGAAGCUUCACGUCACGUAGUGUUACGGGGAAGUUUUUGUACGUCACCUGAGAAUUGGUGAAAGGCAAAAAACAUACUUUCGUUUCCUGUUAUUUCAUGAUCCUCUGUUUGACAUUAAAAUUAUUGUGUGUACAGAGACCUGUACUGUGGACAAACAAAAAAAAGAAUUAUAAUUUGCGGACCAAUUACUUGACCAAGCAACAAGGAAUCUUGUAUUGCAUAUCCAGCCAGAAGAAUUAGAAUGUAGAAACAGGCGCGAACCCAGGAUUGGCUGAAGGGAAGGAGUGUGGGUGGGGUUCGUAGUCAUAAUCAUAUAUGGAAAAUAAAAAGUAUUCAACGAUCCCACAUUAA